UUUCUUAGCAACCACCCAAUAUAGAAACUAGUUUAGGGCUUCGCUAGGGUUUAGGGCUUGAUGAGAAAAUGCGAGGACUAGCGCUGUGGAAGCGAUUGCAGGGGGCGCGGGCGAUUUCCACGCGAUCGAUCCUGCUCGAUGAGGCGCCGGGGGCGAGCGAUCUAGCUGCGGUCGAGAAAGCGUCUGCCAAGCUCAAACGGAAGAAGCCAAAGAAGCUGCUGAAGUUUGGCCUGGAUGAAUCCAACGCGGGAGAAUUGCAACGCGUUCAUAGUGCACGCAGAGAGAUUGAUAAGUGGCUCGAGCAUCCAACGUUCUUCAAUAUGAUAGCAAAGGAUGAUGUUUCACUGAGGCCGGACGAAAAGAAGGAAAAACCACGAUCGACUCCAAUAGGCAAAGGCCCUGUUCUAACGUGGGAGACUUGCAUAGUUUUUCCAUACGAUGGCACUUCAUGGCAUCCUCUCAAUCGCAAGGUGAAGUUAAAAGUCCGUGUCAGCGACUUUCGUCUCAAGCCAAUGCAACGGAGGCGCCUACUUGACUUGGUCGAUCGCCGAUACGAGCCAGCAUUUGACGAGCUCACCAUCACUUGUGACAGGUUUGAGAAACGCGAAGACAAUCGCAAAGAGGCUCUGAGGCUUUUGUAUGCUCUUUUGGAAGAAGCUACAAAUCCAAUCGCGGCAGUUUUAGCGAAUAGCGGGGGACCUGGAGAAACGGAAGGGGAAGAUGCCUCAUCGGAUCAAUCAAAAGAAGAGACCAGCCCGAAUGAUCCUGCCUAGAUACUCGACAAAUGCUCCGGACACCAUCAAUAUCACGGUCGCAGUUUUGUGGACGUGGCCUGAGACUUCGAUUUGCGUGUCAAAAAGAGUGGUAUGUAUAUUGCAAGUUGUCUCCAGGGAGGAUACUCGAAAUGUAUUUUUUUGGAAACUGACUCGGUCAAGCAUUUCUGCGUUGCAUGA